AGCCGGGGCCGCGGCUGGAGCCGCGCAGGGGAGCGGGGAGCGGGGAGCGGAGCUGCGCCGGCGGGGCGGCUGCGGGCGAGAAGGUGCCGCGCUGCCGGCUGCGCCUGAGCAUCCCGAGCCGGAGCAUCCCGGCGGCGUCAGCCGUCUGCUUUUCGAGGGAGGUCGGCACUCUGGAUUUGGGGUGUUUUUUCCUGCCCCUGCCCUCACCGGGUGCGCGUUGUUCGUGCUCUCGGUGCCAGCGGAGCCUCGGCGAGCACGGCUGCCCGGCGGCCGAGCGCUGUUGCUCGCACGCUCCCGCAGCGCCGGGGCCGCUCGCUCCCGCUGUCCGGCGCCGAGCGGUGCCGCGCCGGCUGAGGCGGGUCCCGGCGGCUCCCCGGCGGGUUUGGGAAGCUGCUGUGUGCCCUGGAACAGCUCCCGCCGCGCCUCGCCCGUGCUGCUGCUCCGAGGGAGCAUCUUCAGCGGUUUGCCUGUCCCGUGCUGUAACCAAGGGCAUUUGAUUUUCACAAGCGUUUAACCGAGGGUCUUUUCUCAGCAUGCAGUCCCUUUAGAUUUGGGCGUGAUCACCAACUACACUGGACAUUUGUCUUCUAUUUCCAUAUCUUCUUCCUGCCUUUUUCAGAAAUGCAAAAAAAUCCCAAUUACCUAACGAGAAGGUGAAGCUGCCAUCUGACUCUCUGGGAGUUAUUUCUUCAGGAGGAUCAGGUUCUGAAGGAUAAAAUAUUAAAUUGUCCUGGGCUUGAGCAGUAAAGGAUAAAUUCAUUCACUGGCUGACUUGUCAUCUCACCGUUGUGAUGGAAAAAUGUUCACUUAAAAUAAACCCUUUUUAUGCCACUAAAACUGCCUUCGAAUACAAGAUCUGUUGUGAUUUUUAAAACACAAACCCAAUAAUGUCAGAACCUGAUGCUUCAUCUGGAUUUGUGGGCAACAUGGAAAAUGGAACUUUUCUGGAACUGUAUCCCACAUCCCUUUCAACUUCAGUGGAUUCAUCGCCUGGCCGUUUAUCCAACGUCUAUGUCUAUGUUUCUAUAUUCCUUAGUCUCUUAGCUUUUCUCCUUUUGCUACUGAUCAUUGCACUUCAGAGGCUGAAAAACAUAAUUUCUUCCAGUUCCUCCUACCCUGAAUACAAUAGUGAUGCUGGAAGUUCGUUCACUAAUUUAGAGGUUUGCAGUAUUUCUUCCCAGCGCUCUGCUCUCUCAAACCUGUCUUCAUGAAAACAAAUGAAAGGAAACACAUGGGGAAUGGAAGAGCUUUGUCUAGUUUUUCGGGGAAGUAGUGCAUGUAACAUUUGCCUUAGAAGACUAUUAUCAAGAGGUGUUUUUAAAAGUUUCCUUUUUUUUUCCCCUUUCCUUUUCUAGUUCGCAUUUCCCCUUCAACUAAUUUUCAUUUUGAACAAUGGAUAAUGAAUGAUACCUGAUCAUCAUUUCUUGCCUGUAAUAGUGAUGCUGUCUCUUUCUCACACAUAGAUGGUGUUCAUUAGGAGUAUUCCUGCCAAAUUGUAACACAGUUCUAACUGGAUGUGUCAUUUUUCUGCUGUAAUUGUGACCCCUUCCCUAGUCUUGUGUCAGCAAUAUGCUGACUAUUUUUCUUUUCCUUUUUUCAUUAUAUAAGGACUUCUGGAUGAAAUCCCUAUUGCAAAAGUACAAAAAAUCUGCUUAAAUUAUAAAUAUUGGGACAAUUUAAAGUUGUUGAUAUUGUUUCCUUUUUUUCUUUUUAGUUUUCACAUCUUUUUCAGUGUUUAUUGAUGUUUAUAAAAUACGACUAAUUCUUGAAGAAUGUUGCUUUUGUUUAUUUGUACUCCCAACUUGUUCUGUAUAAAGUCUGUAUUUUAGUUUUUGAGUCUCUUUGGUUAACUUAGUAAAGCAACUACAAUAACGAUGCCUACGGUUGAAUGUGUGGAGGUAUUUUUGGACCCCACUAAUGCAUCUCAUUAUCUCAUUUGCCUAAUGACAUGUUCCUCCAGGGGGCAGCUUUUGCUGCUGAAUCAUAAAUACCACACAACUCCUUUUCAUUCUUCACAGAUACUGCAGCUUAUUCUUACUGGAUAACCAGGACAAACUAGUGGUUUCUUGUAAAAGAUCUGCAUUAACAAAUACAGGUAGCAAGUGAAGAGCUCCUAAACUGUCUUUUAGGCAUAUGAUGUUUGUACUCACGUCAGCAGGGCCAGCAGGGACAGAAAUUGCUUGUACUGGUGAGGACUUUCUGGGCCAGCCUUUGUCCUCUGAUUGCAGAAGUGUGCAGUGGGUGGAGAGGGGCACACAGGGAUCUGCACAAUGGCCAGGAAGACCUGAGCUCUGACCUGCAGGAAGUGCAAGGUGUACCUGCAGAGGGUAGGAAAGGAUGGGCAGGAUAAAUGGCAGUGGCUCUACCACUUUUCCCCAUCAGCAUAAGGGCAGGCCAGUGAGAGGGGAAGAGAAAUGGAUUCACAAUCUCACUCCUCUUUGCCAUGCCAUUUUCUGGGUUAUCAUUUCCCCUGCUCAAAGUGUAACAUGUCACUCCAUUUCUGCAGUAAAAUAACGAGCAGCUUUGUGAAGUGGAUCCUGUGGUCAGCUGGGCUUUAAAUCAAGCCGAACAUUCAAAUUAGUGAUUUGAAGUGCCAAGUGUGACCUAUUAGAACUGCAACCCCAGACUGGUGCAAUGCCUUGUUGUCCUUACUGCACUGUGUGAGCACAGCUCCAUCCUGCCACCCAGCCCAUGCAAAUUUUGUGCUCGUGGCUGGAUCUAAGUCACUGGAGAGACCUAAGAAAGGUAUGGCAUUGUCACUGCAUUUUCUGUAACUGACAUAACACAGGUGUAACUCUGGGAGAUGGGAUUAUCUCAGCAGGAGCAGCUGCUCUCCCCUCACAUGGCACCACUGCCCAGCAGGCCAAGGGGUUAGGGAACACUUCCCAAACAUAUCUAUACCUCUUGCCAAGCUGUCCAUGCAUUUGUAAACAAGACAGACUCUGCCAUUAACUACACAGGCUUCAAAAUACAAAUUUGAAGAGUCUGGUGUAAAUAUAAUCAUUAGAAAUGCAGCUGCUGUUGCCAAACAAUACAGAUGAUGCUGGAGUUGGUGUUUUUAGAUUUUAAAAGUGGACAUGCAGUAUGGUAAGUGGUAAUGACUUAUGGUGGUGAUUAGUUCUUUACAGAGUCCAAAGAACUUGCUGACUAAUAGGGAAUGUAAGCCUGCAGACUCCCUGAGCCAAACUGGUUUGAUGGAUAUAUUUACAGCUUGGAAUAUUCUAUUCAUAUAGACAAAAGUUUCUUGUAUGUCACUUUUCACUGUAUUUGACAAUUGGCCUUGGAAAAAGAGGUAGUUGUUUAAAAGAGAUCAGGAAACAUUAUUUUCCUUCUGAAAGCUCUUUGAAAUCCCAACCCUGUUACAGAAUAUAUUUGUAUGUAGACUGGUAGAUAGAAAUAAACAAACUGUAAAUCAAGACAGACCAACUGUUUGACUAUCUUCCCUUACUGACAAAAUUGUAAAUUUGUUGCUUCCUUUGCUGCAAAUGGAGGAAUUUAAUCAAAACCAGAGAUGAGACCACAGGUCGAGAUGGGUGUUUGUUCCCAGCAGUGUGUUUAUACUUGCAGAUAUAGGCACAUUUAAUAUUAAAAUACAAACUGUUGAAACCCCA